CUUCUUCCUUGUUGCUUGAAUUAUUCUCGAGCUUAUCUUCUUCUUGCAGUCCACGUAAUUUGACCUUGCUUUUAGUUUUUAUUUUCUUUUUUAUGCGAAAAUGAGUUGCAGUGGCUGCAGAAUCCUCAGAAAAGGUUGCAGCGAGAACUGCAUGCUUAGACACUGUCUACAAUGGAUAGACGGCCCUCAAGCUCAGGCCAACGCCACCGUCUUCGUCGCCAAGUUCUUCGGCCGAGCCGGUCUUAUGUCGUUUAUCUCCGCCGUGCCUGAAACUCAACGUCCUGCAUUGUUUCAGUCGUUGCUAUACGAGGCGGUGGGGAGGACGGUGAAUACGGUGAGCGGAGCAGUGGGGCUGCUGUUGACGGGGAACUGGCACGUGUGCCAGACGGCGGUGGAGACGGUUCUUUGCGGAGGCGAGUUGCAUCCACUGCCAGACGUGUUGACGUCGGAGUUUGAUGACGUGUCAGAAUCUGGUGUACUCCACUGUACAUCUCUUUCGAGAGAGGUUAUUUCCGUUCCCUUGAAAAGGAACAGCAGUGAACCCCAGGGAGAUCUCGAUCUGACUUUGACGACUUGUUUGCCGUCGAGAGCAGUGAAACGUCCCGCACCAAGUCCGUCAGAGGAGUCCAAAACGACAACGUCCGGAAGUGGGCUUGAAAAUUGUAGUUCUGAGGGAGGUAAAAGGAAGCUCUUGAGACUGUUCCUUUAAUCUUCCUUUUUAUCGUAAUGGAAAUGAAUUUUGAGUUUUCCUGAUUA